CCACUUCAUUCCUCGUCAAUAUCCCCAAAUUGCCCCUUACUGAUUACCCGUGCAGCUUCUCGGCCCCGCAGCUCAACGAGAGGACCUCUAGAUGCAUCAGAUGAUCCACUCGCCCCAUCCAGCUUGCCCACUUCGCCAACCAAACGCAAAUCAAUGCUUGCUUCAGAUCAUUUCACCGGGGCAUCUUUCCACGAGCUAGAUCCGCUCGCCCCAGAUGAUUUACCAGAAACCUUAGGGAAAGACCUAUCUUUCCUUCUUCGACAUAAUAUCUACCAUACUCUCUCACAUAUUGAUAUCCCGCCUUCGCUGCGCUCCGAUUUCAUUAUUCUUAAUCCGGGAGAACCCCUAUCAACCUCACUUGGCGCCCUCGAGAAGGUAGUGGCUGAGGGCCGGUUCCUUAUUGCGGCGCAUUUCUCUGCGGCCAUUUUGACGUCCUCACUGAUCUCCCCGACGGAUGUUAAACUCAUUUUCUCCCUGUUUUACACACGACUGGCAUGUUUGGAGCUGUCGGGGAAUACAAUCCUUGCGGCACAGGAAUCGAAGGCUCUCGAAGAUUUGAGCUCGGCAUUCUACUAUAUUGACCUCAUGUUGGACAAGCCCGGGACUGCUCAAAAUGAUGAUAAUGAACCAACCCAUAUCCGUGCGCCGAAUCUUCGCCACAUCGUCCCAUGGCCUCUUCGCGUGCUCGCUGUACGACUCCAGAGUAUUGGCUUUGGUGACUCACGCAGAAGCAUUGGUGGGCUGUAUGAAAUUGGCUUGGAAGCUCGAAAGGAAAUUAUGCGCCCCGAAACCAGUGAGGACGAGCGGAAAUUAUGGAGAGAAAGAUUGGCAGACCUUGGUGUCAGAAGCGUGAAUUCAUUGAUAGAGAUGGGUGAUUUCGAUACAGCAAGACGAUCUCUCGAGGCCUUGCAGGCACCUGGGUCAGAGACUGAGACCACAAAAUUCAGGAGAGCAUUAUUGCUACUACGGAUUGGUGAUCUUGAUGCGGCAAGCCAGGUAUUUGGAGGGUCCAAAGACACCAAGGAGGCAGCUCUAUUGGAGCCUCUGUUGAGUAUGGCGGAAGGUCGUUACUCAGAUGCAGUAGCUCACUGGCGCGCCCUUGGCGAAGAUAAGACGCGGACAGAUAGGGCUCUGGUGGCUCAGAACAUGGCAGUUUGUCUACUUUACACCGGCCAAUUGGAUGAGUCCCGUCAGCUUCUUGAGGCUCAAGUCUCGGCCAACCAUUCUUUUGCGGGGUUGAUCUUUAACAUGGCAACGGUCUACGAAUUGUGCUCCGACAAUGCAGGUCAUAUGAAGGGGCAGUUAGCUGACACGAUCUCUAAGCAACUUGUCACAGGACACACUAAUCUAGAUCGACCAAACUCGGAUCUAAAAUUAUAA